UACUAACACAGCUCUACUGUUUACCUACUACCUCGUACACAUCUAUAGUCCCAUCAGCUUCAAGCGUGUGACGCGUCUUCAAAUCACUACUGCUGCGGCCUGCGACAGGCGCAAUGCCUUUGACAAUCCUCACCGAUUCGGAGGUUCGAACACUGCUGCUUGGGCUCAAGAAACAAGACAUUCUCGAUCUGCAGCAGAGCUUGGCUGACGCCCUGCACUACUACUCGAACUCUACGGACCAAGACCACAACGGCUGCUCUUCAUCCUACCAACCACUUCGCACAUCGCUCAAGCGCAGCGAUGGACAAACAACUCUGUUCAUGCCCGCUUCAAGCAACGAUGGACUGGGCGUGAAGAUCGUCACGCUAUCAGAGCCCGACUCAGCAAAAGGCUCCUUGUCUUCGAACGGAAGCACAUCCUCAGCGCGCGGCUCUCUCGCCUCCUUUGACUCCCUCUCCCUCUCCGCCGCCAGUACUUCAAGCUCCACAACCGCCGUCUCCGUGCCAUCCGAUAGUCUUACAAGCAAAGACAGCACCACGCCUAAAGGCCUCCUCACACUACUCGACCGCUCCGGCGGACCCCGCGCACUCAUAAACGCGGAGGAGAUAACCGCCUUCCGUACCGCGCUCGCGAGUACUAUGCUCUUUAAGAAACGCGCAAACGUACAUGACGUCGUUGUCUUCGGCGCGGGCAAGCAGGCAUACUGGCACAUCCGGCUGGCGCUGCUGCUGCGCGGGCCAGAGAUACACCAUCUGAACGUGAUCAACCGGAGCUUUGAACGAGCUACGAAUUUGAUACAGAGUCUAUUCAAAGGCCCAGAUGGCGCGGGGACCGAUCUCUCUCGACCGAAGGUACAGAUCAUCACCCCAGCGGCGCAAGAAUACGAGAGGCUGCUCAAAGCUACGAUCCGUGCGAGCAGUGUCAUAUUCUGCACCACGCCGUCUCUCGUGCCGUUGUUUCCGGCGGGCCACCUGACGAACCCAGAGGGCAGGAAGAAGGGCAGGUACGUUGCUGCCAUCGGCUCGUACAAGCCGCACAUGCUUGAGCUGCACCCGGAUAUCUUGAAGCAGAACGUGGCGCCAGAUCAUAAUCGCCAUCACCACAAACAUGCGCUACAAGGCGGAGCUGUCAUUGUAGACAGCGUAGAAGCAUGUCUCAAGGAAGCCGGUGAGGUCAUUCAAGCCGGCCUCACGGGCAACGAGGUCGUCGAGAUCGGAGAGCUCAUCAUGCUGCGGAGGGAUGCCGAUAGGAAGAGGCAGGAGUGCGUGACACGGAAGAGCAUGGAAGGGAUGGAUGACACGGGUGUUGAGAUUGGCGAGUGCGAACAGAGGAAGAAGAAGAGGAAGGGCAAGAAGGAGAAGGAGGAAGAUGCUGGGGAUCGAGGAUUGAUAGAGUGGUUGCAGAAGGGCAAUGUCAUAUACAAGAGUGUUGGGCUGGGGUUAAUGGACGUAGUAGUUGGGAGCGACCUUGUUGCUUUGGCGGACAGUCGGGGGAUAGGAACGCAGAUCGACAACUUUUGAGGGGUCCUGGGUGGAGUUGCUGUACCGUCUACCACCUGCAUUGCGAAUGCUGGUACUAGGUUUCCAGGCGGAUAUCCAAGCUAUGAAUAGACGCCUUCACAUAAUUAGAUUUAGACACGCUUUCAUCGCAACACUUCAAUCGGUC